ACCUGCUGACAUUUCUAUGCCAACUAGCGGAUUGUUGGCUCUUUUUUGAAGGAAGCUCCGACGGAUUGUCAAGCUAUUACUUGGAAAGAGUUGUCAAGCUAUUACUUCGAAAGGCCCGAGCAGGAAGGAGUUGUCAAGCUAUUACUUCGAAAGGCCGUGGCGGAAGCGAGACCCAGGUGUGCGUUUGUAACUUGAGUGGAGCUCAGUUGACAAUAACACAGGAAGAAGCAACGGCAGCUUUUGGUCAGAAAAGGCUGAGUAGCGCUUUUAAUUGAUGACUUUUUAAGGACGCCCGCAAAAAAAGUGCCGUUAAAACCUUCUUGUCCACCGGAGUAACCUUUUCGUACCUUUGAUUGAGUUGCUGUGUGUCUGUCGGAACAUGGCUCAGCAUGGACAUCAUGGAGCCAGUUCUCAGAAGGCGCUCAUGCUGGAGAUGAAAAGUGUGCAGGACGAGCCGGUGGAAGGAUUUAAGAUCACUUUGGUGAACGAGUCUGACAUGUACAACUGGGAGGUGGCCAUCUUCGGACCCCCCAACACUCACUACGAGGGGGGCUACUUUAAGGCUCUUCUCAAGUUCCCAGUGGACUACCCCUACUCUCCACCUGCGUUCCGCUUCCUCACCAAAAUGUGGCAUCCUAACAUUUACGAGAAUGGAGACGUGUGCAUCUCAAUCCUGCACCCACCAGUGGAUGACCCCCAGAGUGGUGAGCUGCCCUCGGAGAGGUGGAACCCCACACAGAACGUGAGGACCAUCCUACUCAGCGUGAUCUCUCUGCUCAACGAGCCCAACACCUUCUCCCCCGCCAACGUGGACGCCUCCGUCAUGUACCGCAGGUGGCGGGAGAGCAAGGGCAGGGAUCGGGAGUACAUCGACAUCAUCAGGAAGCAGGUGCUGGCCACCAAAGGUGACGCAGAGCGCGAUGGCGUGAAGGUGCCCGUCACACUGGACGAGUACUGCGUCCGCACGCAGGUGCCGCCCACGGACGACGGCUCCAACCUGCUGUACGACGACUACUACGACGACGAAGACAUGGAGGACGAGGAGAACGAGAACGAGGACUGUUGCUACGACGACUCGGGCACCGAGGAUUCCUGACCUCCUCUGCCACGCCUUCUUCCUCUGGAACCUUGGCCACUCCUCCUCCUCCUCCUCCUCCUGUCCCCACACACUGACCUCUCAGAUACAUAGUGGGAUGAAGAUGAGCUGAUUGCAGUUCCACUCCUAAGUGUGUGUGUGUGUGUGUGUGUGUGUGUGUGUGUGUGUGUGUGUGUGUCUCAGAAGGCCUGCCAUGUUUCUUUCACCUCUGACCUUUUAAAGCCCACUUGAGCCGUUCACUCCCUCGUGCCUUCCCUCCACCACCUUCCUCCCCCACCUUGUUUGAGUAUUUCCUUAGUGGACACCCAGGAACGUUCCCUCACAAGGUGGACCACACCACACCACCACACCACACCACGUGAGCGUCGUCCACCUGCUGGUCUUUAUAGCCAACAGACGCCGUUCGUGGCUUGAAGAUUAAACGGAGUCGGAGCGCAGACGAGGAGUCCUGCGAGGGUCCUUCACCUCCACCCCCCUCCUAAGUCCGACUGAAAGCUAGAAAGCAGUAUUUGUACAGGUGCGUCGUGUCAAGAGGUCAGGGGUCAACGUGGACACACUGUCCAUUCCGGUUUGGAAUCUUCUCUAAUGCAAAAAAAAAAAGAAGUCCUCCGUUUUUACAUGUUUGUUUGUUAAAAGGGCUGAGAGAUUUUUCCCGUGCAGUCUUUGUCUUUCCACGUGUGGAGUGAUGAGGAGAGCACACAUGUGACACCAUCAUGUGACCCCUGUGGGUUUACAUCUGAGGAGAGCACACGUGUGACACCAUCAUGUGACCCCUGUGGGUUUACAUCUGAGGAGAGCACACGUGUGACACCAUCAUGUGACCCCUGUGGGUUUACAUCUGAGGAGAGCACACAUGUGACGCCAUCAUGUGACCCCUGUGGGUUUACAUCUGAGGAGAGCACACGUGUGACACCAUCAUGUGACCCCUGUGGGUUCACAUCUGAGGAGAGCACACGUGUGACGCCAUCAUGUGACCCCUGUGGGUUUACAUCUGAGGAGAGCACACGUGUGACGCCAUCAUGUGACCCCUGUGGGUUUACAUCUGAGGAGAGCACACGUGUGACACCAUCAUGUGACCCCUGUGGGUUUACAUCUGAGGAGAGCACACGUGUGACACCAUCAUGUGACCCCUGUGGGUUUACAUCUGAGGAGAGCACACGUGUGACACCAUCAUGUGACCCCUGUGGGUUCACAUCUGAGGAGAGCACACGUGUGACACCAUCAUGUGACCCCUGUGGGUUUACAUCUGAGGAGAGCACACGUGUGACGCCAUCAUGUGACCCCUGUGGGUUUACAUCUGAGGAGAGCACACGUGUGACGCCAUCAUGUGACCCCUGUGGGUUUACAUCUGAGGAGAGCACACGUGUGACACCAUCAUGUGACCCCUGUGGGUUUACAUCUGAGGAGAGCACACGUGUGACACCAUCAUGUGACCCCUGUGGGUUUACAUCUGAGGAGAGCACACGUGUGACACCAUCAUGUGACCCCUGUGGGUUCACAUCUGAGGAGAGCACACGUGUGACACCAUCAUGUGACCCCUGUGGGUUUACAUCUGAGGAGAGCACACGUGUGACGCCAUCAUGUGACCCCUGUGGGUUUACAUCUGAGGAGAGCACACGUGUGACACCAUCAUGUGACCCCUGUGGGUUUACAUCUGAGGAGAGCACACGUGUGACACCAUCAUGUGACCCCUGUGGGUUUACAUCUGAGGAGAGCACACGUGUGACACCAUCAUGUGACCCCUGUGGGUUUACAUCUGAGGAGAGCACACGUGUGACACCAUCAUGUGACCCCUGUGGGUUCACAUCUGAGGAGAGCACACGUGUGACACCAUCAUGUGACCCCUGUGGGUUUACAUCUGAGGAGAGCACACGUGUGACGCCAUCAUGUGACCCCUGUGGGUUUACAUCUGAGGAGAGCACACGUGUGACGCCAUCAUGUGACCCCUGUGGGUUCACAUCUGAGGAGAGCACACGUGUGACACCAUCAUGUGACCCCUGUGGGUUCACAUCUGCAUACAGAAGCAACACCUCAGGAAAUCACCUUUUUGACUCCAUGGACUGUUUACAAUCUACCUUCACAUGCACACCUGGAUGCUUUUGUUUUCUAUUUAAAAUAAAGAUCUUUAUUUACAUUUUUUUUUAAAUUUUGCUUGUCUGACAAUUUUCUGCGAUGUCUUGUAGACACUGAAAGGUGUUGAGCGAGAGGUAAGACUCAUUUGACUCAUUUUCCUCUUAAUUGUACUAACUUUAUUAACACUCUGCUUUUUCUUUGCUCUACAAGGUCUCUGCUUGUAUUGUACAAAAUAAAUGGCAGUGUGGCCACGCCUCCUGUCAAUGUCAGCUGGGGUAGGAUCCAGCCCUAACCUGCGCCUCACAAGCAGUACACAAAUAUUGUCAAGACCUUCCAGUCUGACAGAAACCAAAGUACUUUGCGUGUGAUGACGUCACUGCUCUGCAAGGAGGAUGCCUGCAGAGAAUUCAAGGAUUUUCUGACACUCUUCUCUCACACACACUUUGCAUGACAUCAUCUGGCCUCCAGGGGGCAGCAGCAGCUAACGUUUACAAAAAAUGAUAUUUUGUCUUCUGUUUUGUUCAUCCCGCAGUUUGAGUAUUUAUUCUACAAUCAACUUGAUUACAGCUAAGUGUUUUUGAUGAUUAACAUCCACUUUUUCAACAUUGUGAGCAUAUAAAGGUCAAAGUUAGACUUGACAAUUGUGUGGUGAUAGAAACUGCCAUCAGUGAUUUGCAUGAUAUUUAUUUGCAUGUUGCCAAGUCAACUUUUAUUUGAUUUCAUUUGAACUUAUUGAUGUCCGUUUGUUUUAAAAACGUGACUUUGUCCAGCCAAAAAAAAAGAACAAUUGUGAGUAAAUAUUUCAUAACAGUUCAUGGCGAAGGAAAGUGUGCAAUUUGUUGUCAUGUGCAUGAUUAGCAUAGAAGUGAAAGUAAAAAAGUAAAGCUAUAAGUAUGUAAAAACAAGUGUUUCCUCAAACUGCCGUUUUGGUGAAAUCUGCAUACUGCCACAACACAUUAAUUUGUCAUCAUUCAAAUAUUACAAUUAUAGUAUUAACAAAACAGUUAUCCUAAUGACAUAAUAGCUGAAUUCAAGGUAACAUAACUAACUUAACCAAUGUGAACCUAGUAGCAUAAAAUAAAAUAGAACAAACAAAACAAAUGUAGAAACACACAUUUUUACAAUGGAUUUCAGGGUGCGCAUCGUGCGUUCAAGCAAAUACAAGCGCUGCAUGGAACUAAGUAACAAGAUGAUGAAGUUGACUAAAAUCUUUGCAUCUUACCGUUUUGUUAUUUUAUUCCGUGAGUGGAUCUUUUACAAUAAAAGAAGGUAUUGUGUGUCGAUACUGCAUCAGUCUGCCGCCAUCUGCUGCCAGCCACAAGAGGAGCAGCUGAUUGGAGUAGCAGCAGCAGCAGCGGACAUCAUCUUUAAACAUUGUCAUGUGUGACGUGGGUUACUAUUGUGACAUCCAGUGGACACGUUUAGAACAGCAGUUUCUUUUAUUUCAGAAAUGCAGCUCGUUGUUAUAUUUAGCAAACUCAUGUUGGGGGCCGGACUAAACCUGUUCACCUGUGACACACCUGCUCUAGAUGAAGAAAUAACUUCAUAUUUGCUCUUGCAAGUUGUCAUCAAGACAAUUGUUGGCCUUCGCUCACUUGGACCAGAAGCGUGAAGUGUGGGGACUUAGUUUGGUAGAAGAAGAAGAUG